AGAGCCUGUCAGAGCAGUCGUCCUUCGCAUUACGUUGACGAAAAAAAGCACCGUAUAGUCAGUCAGUUGUUUCAUGUUCACCGUAUAGGACGACAAUCAAGCAAAGGUAUUCUAACUGUGCGAUAUCCGUUUCCGUUUCUCUUACCGUUACCUGCUUGUAGCUACAGAAAGCCUGUGUUUUGAAAUCGUCUGCUAGAUUGGUUGAAACAGACGACGUCCAGACUCUGUAUGCGAACGUGACAGAGUGGGAUGAGCGAGCCCUUGCACCACCACCACCACUGCACUCUGAGAAAAAAGGGAGUAACGAGGAAGUAACUUCCCAUUCUUACUCCAGUUUGACUCCCAUGUCAAUCGAAGAACCGCUGGUCGAUAGAUACAACAAGUCGUUGCCAGUGCGAGAAACACGGGCGACCGCCUUCACUGUGAUUGGCGGAUGCAUACUCUUGACCCAUAAACUGCCGAGUCUGUCAGGGGUGCAAGACACUUGGGCUGUGGGUCUCGUACUUCGAAGCACUGCGGUUCAAGCAGAGUUCGUGUCGAAAGUGGCUCCUCGCCCUCUGCUGCCUUGUUGCUGCUGCAGGAACCGAGUCGACGUUACAGUGAAGAUGCCGCUCACAGUUGCCCUCUUCGUGGGAAGCUGCAGGGUAGGCAGGAUGGCUGACAGAGUCUUGAAACUCGUGCGCUCACAACUUGAAGAACGAGGUCAUCAGGUGCUGCUCAUUGAUCCCCUCGAAGAAUCGAAUCUGCUGGCAGUGCGACAGCCGGUGCAUUUCCAUGGACCUGAUGAGAAGGUGGCCCCGUGGUUGGAUGCGGUGCACCAGAAGGUUCUUCAGGCAGAAGCUUUCCUCGUACUCAGCCCGGAAUACAAUCGUUGCAUUGGACCCGCUCUUACUAGCGCCAUGAACCACUUCCCACCGUCCUCAUACAGACACAAGCCGUGCGCUGUCGUCUGCUACAGCAUUGGCACAGGAGGUGGUCAGUCAGCGGCAGCGCAACUAAGAAGCUUCUUAGGAGAAUUGGGAGCGGUGACUGUGCCUACCGUAUGUAUGUGGCCCAAAGUGCACGAAACCAUCUCUGAGAGCGGAGUCACCGAGAACCAUAGCGUGAAAUCAUCCCUCGGCCAGCUACUCACGGAGCUGGAGUGGUAUGGUACUGCCCUCCUUAACCACAAGGGGGCAUGUGGAAUGCCGUCUUAAUAUAUUGGAGACGGGAUUACCGUUUCAAAGGAGUAAACAGUUAUCAAAUUU